AUGAGCAAAAAGAAGAGAAGCCACGAGGAAGAUCCCGUGAAGCGAUUCGAUGUGGUGCUGCCGGCGGCCGCCUCGGCGCAGGUGGUGCGGUGGAGCGUGAAGGAGGGGGGCGACGUGCUGGAGGGCCAGGAGCUGUGUGCCUUCCUCGCCGAAGGCUCCCGCGAUCUCCAAUUCCUUCGUUCGCCCUUUCCCUUCGAGGGCGUCAUCCGCCAGCUUCAUCCAGAGAAGGCCUUGGUCUCCCCUGGAACGACCGUGGCGGUGGUGGAGUACUGUGCGCAUGAGAUGGUGUUUGCCGACCUGUGCGCCAUCUGCGGCAAGACCAUCAACUCCUCCGACAAGCAGGCCACCAUCUCGCUCAUCCCCUCUCAGCCCGCCCUCACCGUCUCCCGCGCGGUGGCGGAGCGAGAUGCCGAGCGCACGGCGGAGCGCCUCACGGCAGCCAAGAAGCUGUCUCUCGUCCUCGACUUGGACCAGACGCUCGUGCACGCCACACAGGACGCGGAGGUGGAGACGCUGUUUGGGACGGAUGCGGCGGAGGCGAAGGGGGGCAGCAUCACGUGCGCGCUGCCCAACCCACCGGCGGGUCCCGAGGACGUGCCCGCUGCCCACCUCUAUCGUUUCACCCUCGAAGGCAAUCCACACAAAUUUUACCUCAAGCUUCGGCCCCACCUGGAGGAAUUCUUGAUGGGCGUCAAGGACCUAUUCGAGCUCCACAUCUACACCAUGGGCUCCCGUUCCUACGCCCGCAAGGUGGCGCAGAUAAUCGACCCAGAGCAGAAGCUCUUCCGGGAGAAUAUCGUCUCUCGCGAUGAGUGCGGAAAUGUGAUGAAUCUAAAGAACCUCCAGCGGAUAUUCCCGGUUGACGACAGCAUGGUCAUGAUCAUUGACGACCGCGUCGACGUCUGGGGCACUUCGAAGAACCUCAUCAAGAUCGAACCCUAUUACUUCUUCAACGACGCUAAGGUCAACGCGCUGCCUCGGGACAAGGAGGCUCCUCAUCCGCACCGCCACCCAGUGCGGCAAGCCCUGCGCCGUUCCUCCACGGGCCAGGCCUCUGACGUCAGCAGCGCGUCCGCCUCCUCCUCCUCCUCCUCCUCUUCGUCGUCGUCCACCGCGCCCAACACCAAACGCAAGCACGAGGCCAGCGAUGACGACGCAUCAUCGUCGCCGCUGCCGCCGGCCUCCACCCCCGACAACGACGACUCCACUGACGCCGCGCUUCCCACCGACGGCGGCCGGCAGCUCCUGACGUCAGCAGCGCCCGCCGAGUCCGCGGCGGCCGGCGAGGGCGAACAAAAGGCGCAGCCGCCGCCCAAGAGAAGGAAGAUCGACAUCUCCGGCAUGCCGCGAUUCAAAAAGAAGCCCGCCGCCGCCGCCGCGCCCGAUUCCUCCGGAGCGAUGGACGCGACCGAUGCAUCGCCUGCCGAUGCCACGACGCAGACCGAAACCGCUGCCCCCGCCGCCGUUCCGGCGCCCGCGGAAAACGAACGCGAAAGCGAAAGCGAAAAGGGAAAGGGCAAGGAGCAGGCAACGACGCCACCGGCCGCCGCCGCCGCCGAGAAAAGCGAAGCAGAACAGACCGACGCGACAACAGCGGCCACGCCGCAUCUGCCCUAUCGGGACGUGUCGCUGCGGGACGGGCACCUGCUGCACGUACUGCGGACUCUCCGGGAGGCCCACCGCCUCUUCUACGCGCCCGAGCCAGCUGCCGACGCCGAGCCGACGCCGACCGCCGCAGCCGCGGAUGCGCCAGGCCAGCUGCUGCCGCCGGCCAUUCCGUGGGCCGGCCGGCCGCGCGACAUCAAGUACUGCCUCCACGUCCAGCGCCGCCGGGUGCUCGAGGGCGUACACAUCUGCUUCUCUUCUAUCUUCCCCACCGGCAGCAAACCCGAAAGCACCCCGCUGUGGCGGCUCUCCGAGGAGUUCGGCGCGUGCUGCUCCAAUGUCUUCACCCCGGAGACCACCCACCUCGUCGCCCUCAACGAGCGGACGGAAAAGGUCAAGCUGGCGCACGAGCGCGGCGGCGUUCACAUCGUCCACCUCGAGUGGCUGCUGGAGAGCAUCAGGACGUGGCGUCGACCGGAGGAGGCGCGGUACCGUAAUCUGCCGGGGAAGCCGGGCAUGAAGGAGGGACUGGAGCCCUACAAGGAACACAUCCGCAUGCUCGACAUGUGCUACGUGCGCGACCUCGACAAAGUCCUCCUCGCCUUCCACGGCCCCAAGGCGGAGGCGGAAGAGGAAGAGGAGGUGUCGGACGCCGACCAAGACGAGUUCCUCAAGUGGGCGUUGAAGGAGGGCGAAGGGGAAGAAGACGAAGAAGACGACGAGGACGAGGAGAACGAAGACGAAGACGAGGCCAUGGAUGAAGAAGACGACGGGGAGAAGGGCGGCACCACCACGCGAAGCAACAAGAUGAUCGAGAAGGCGGCGAAGGGCGAGAAGAAAAAGGAGGAGGGCGAAGGGGAGGGAGAGGAGGGCGAGUGGGACGAGCUGGAGAGACAGCUCGCGGAGCAGGAGCAGGAGGAGGGCGGGGACGACGAGGAUCGGUUCGAUCGGCUCGCGGCGCUCGAGCGGCUCGAGGAGGAGGAAGAGGACGACGGAGGCAACAUGGGCCGCGGAGGCAAGAAGCGAGCCAAAUUCGGGGGCCUGUUCGCCAACAAGAAGAAGACCAAGCCGGGCAAGGGAGGCCACUACGAAGACGACGACAUGGAAGGCCUGGCCAACGAGAUCGAGGACGAACUCUGGGGCGAUGAUGACGACGAUGAUGAGGAUGACCAUGACGGGGACGAGUGA